AUGAUGCAAUUCGCAACAGAAACAGAGAAGCUGCGUUCAACCGUGGCAUUUCUCUACAGUUUUCUUGUUCCAUUGUCUGGUGGAAGCUUUGUACUUCUGGGAUGGGACUUACUGAGGUUAUAUUGGGCAUCGCAAAGAAACGCGUGUGGGUAUGAAGCUCCAGAAGCAGAUGCUUCAACAUCGCUUAUCAGCAGAAAACCGGAACAUCAAAUAACUGAGCAUGCUUCAAGCUACCCUCAACUGGAAUGGCGCGUACUCUGCGAGUCAAGCCAGCAAGACUGUGAACAAGUUGUCAAAAAGGUGUUUGGAAAAGAAUUGUUGAAAAGCUAUGCAGAACUUCUUACCAUAAUUCUUUGCAUUGUGUUAGAGUUAAGCCUUCAAAGAGCGGUCAACAGAACCCAGGAAGAAGCACCAUGGAUUCUUUCAAGUCAAAUAUUUUGGUUUUCAUUACUGGUUUCCUCUCUUUGUCGCAUUGUAUCUCUUCAUCGUGGUGGGAAAUCAUUCAUAACUUUCCAAAAAUUGAGAGCGCUGAACUUUCUAUUGUUUGGCUUUAUCUUUUGCGUAAAGGUGUUACAUUUCACACUGGUUUUCUUAAGAUCUCAAGUGAAAAGCUUGGAAGGGAAAUACGUCACUGGCGGAACAUUCUUGGCUGGGGUGCUUAGCAUAUUGGCACUUUCAUCGCAGCAGUCUUUCGGCCUUACAGACCCGCCACUUAACCAGAACGAUGCGCCACCAGCUCCUGAAGGAUCUUCUUCAAUAUUCCACUCCUUGACAUUUUCAUGGCUAGAUGGCUUGAUAUUUAGGCGUAGCCAGAAGCAGCUGAGAUUUCAGGACAUUUUUGAUUUGCAACCCAAAUAUCGCACCCUGCCUGUGAUCAAGAGAUAUUCUGAUAGAAGCCAUGGCUGUACAUCUUUGAUAAAACGUUUGACAGCGUUCUGCUGGAAGAGCAUAAUCAUGCAAUGUACUUGGAGUUUAGCUGGUGCUAUUGCCUCAUUUAUGCCCACCCUUCAAAUGAAAAAGAUUCUUGAGUACAUAGAGAAUCCCAGUGGCUCCAAUAUCCGAGUGGCCUGGGUUUGCGUCUUUGUAAUGAUUGUUUCCAAAAUCAUAGCAGCCCUUUGUGAAUCACAGGCCGUUUAUCUGGGCGCUCGAGUAUGUUUUCAGCUGAAAUCAAUAAUUACCGCUGAGAUUUCCAGGAAAGCUCUCAAGCAGAGCUUGUUUUCUUCAGAGUCCAAGACAAGGUGCGGAGCCACGAACGGGGAGGUAAUAAACCUUGUUGCUAUUGACUCUACAGCAGUAUCAGAACUCUGUGGGUCGUUGCACUAUUUGGUUCAGGCAGGCAUCAUGACAACAGUUGCUAUCUCAUUACUAUAUCAGAUGCUUGGUUGGUCGGCUUUUGUUGGAGUUUCGGUAAUAAUCAUCCUUCUUCCCUUCAACGUGAAGAUUGCAACCCUGAUGCAAACUUAUCAAUCAGAAGCAUUGGCCAUGACUGAUAAGAAAACAAAUGCCAUUAGCGCGAUGCUGGGCUCCAUCAAAAACGUUAAGUUCCUUUGCUGGGAAAACCAUUUCCAGGAGCUUAUAAUGGGUUUCAGAAGCUCCGAGUGUUCCUUCCUCACAAAAAAACUGUUUUGUUGGGCUACUUUGCAUCUGGUUUGGUUUUUGACACCAACCCUAGUUACUGCCGCGACAUUUGGUGCCUCGAUAUACUUACAGAAGCAAAAAAUUACCGUUGCUUCUGCGUAUACUGCCUUAACGCUAUUUGCGCUUUUGAGAAAUCCCCUUACCCAGCUCGCCACGAUGCUUGGCACAAUUAUUCAAACAACGGUCUCUAUACAGAGGAUAGAGAAAUUUCUCAAUAGAUCAAACACGAAGAAACAUGAAAUUUUGAAAGACUCUUUUACUGAAAUGGGAUUUCGAAAUGCGUCUUUGACUUGGAACCGGUUCGAUACAGGCUUUAUGUUGAAAAACUUGACCAUUGAUUUUGAGUUGCACAAGCUGAAUGUCAUUAUAGGCCCUUCAGGAUCAGGUAAAAGCAGCGUUCUUCUAGCUCUUCUUGGAGAACUUGAUUUGAUUGAAGGAUCAAUAAGAGUUCCAAGGGGAUAUAUGCAUGACGAUCGCUGCUCUUUUGCAUUCUGCUCACAGACUCCUUGGAUCACAAACGCCACAGUGAAGGAAAACAUCGUUUUCUCGAGUCAAUUCAACACAAAAAGAUACCAGGAGGUUCUUCAUGCUUGCGGUUUGGAAGAGGAUAUACUUGAAAUGCAAGAAGGUGACGAAACUGUUGUAGGGGACAAAGGCAUGACUCUUUCUGGCGGACAGAGGCAACGGUUGGCAUUAGCAAGGGCAGUUUAUUCUGGUGCUGAACAUUUAUUGCUUGACGAUUGCUUGAGCGCUGUUGAUCCGGGAAUGGCUGUAUGGAUUUUUCAAAAGUGCAUAAUGGGUCCACUAAUGAAAGGAAAAACGUGCAUUUUGGCGACUCAUAACAUUGCAUUAGUUCAAAAGCAUGCAGAUAUGAUUAUAUUGUUGGAUAAUGGAAGAGUUAGCAAGAUAGGGAAAGCCAGAGACUUUAAUUUUGAUUCUGAAUUUGAUUAUUCAAAGCCCUCAAAACUCGAAAAAGCUGAAAUGAAACCAAACAAAAAACCAAAGAAAGAAAUGAUUUUGCAACCAGACACUGGAUUUAGUAGAGAAGAACACAAAGAAGAUGGAUCAAUAAAGAUCGAAGUUUAUAACUGGCUGGUGAAGCACCUCGGAGGGUGGAGGACGAUAACAGCAUUCACAAUGCUGCUCUGUUUAACUCAUGGAAUAGAAAUGACUCAGAAUCUCUGGAUAAAAAUUUGGUGCUCUUCGGGGGAUGGUGCAAAUGAACACUACAAGUCUUCCAUCUAUUAUCUAAGCACUUACGCAGCAAUAGGGCUCUUCCAUGCUUCUGUGACCACUCUCAUUAUGCUAAAGUUCCUAUGCAUAGGUUUGGAAGCAUCUUCGAAGGUUUUUGCGGAAAUACUUAAUCGCGUCCUACACGCUAAAAUGACCUUUUUUGACUUCACACCGGCUGGCAGAAUUUUGAAUCGAAUAACUAGGGACUUUGAAAUCUUAGAGCAGGAGCUGAUGGUUCUUUUAUUGCAACUCUUGUUUGCCAUCACUAGCCUCGGAGCGAUUUUGCUGCUAAUCUCAGUAAUUGCAACGAAGUUCUUGAUCUUUGCAUUUCUCUUGGGUAUCAUUUAUGCGGUGAUGAUUACGUCCUAUAUCCCUGCGUUCAGAGACUUAAAACGGUAUGAAGGAAUCACAAGGUCCCCCAUAUUUGAGCAGUUCUCUGAGCUUUUGUCAGGAUUUGUUACGAUUAGGGGGUUUGGGAAGGAAAAAAGCUGUAUGGGACAGCUUUUCAGAAAGCUUGAUCUGAACAAUAGGCCUGCUUACUAUGUGUCUGUUGUUCAGCUAUGGUUGUGCCUCCGAGUUGAAGUACUGGGGUCAUUAGUUUUAGGCGCAACUGCCACUCUCUCGCUCCUGAAUGCUAAGGAGCUCGGCGCAGGCCUCGCAGGGUUGGCUCUGACGUACGCAAUGCCAUUUUCUCAAAGUGCCCUUUGGACUGCAACAGUCUCCUCAAAUGUUGAAAUCAAGAUGACAUCAGUGGAAAGGAUCAAAGAAUACACGGAGAUUGACUGCGAGGACACUAAAGCUGGGGCUCUUAUCAAUACUCAAUGGUCAGGUGGUGCUGAAAUAAGUUUUGAUCAUGUUUACGUCAGGUAUGCACCGCACCUUCCGGAUGUUCUGAAAAAUGUUUCAUUUACACUUCUCCCCAACUCAAAAGUGGCUAUCGUUGGGAGAACAGGAUCAGGAAAAUCGACAGUUAUGAUGUCACUUUUUCGGCUUAUCGAGCUUACAAAUGGUACUAUCCGAAUUGGCGGGAUAGACAUUGCCUCGCUGAACCUUCAAACUCUCCGAAGAGAGCUCACAGUCAUCCCACAAGAUCCGUCAUUAUUCUCGGGAACAAUCAAAUCCAACAUUGACCCUUUUGGCCGGUACUCAGAUCAAGAACUAACGCAUUUUGCGAGACGUAUUGGGCUCUUCUCAGGCACGGAUGACGUAAGGACUUUCAAUUCACUGGGCUCUUUGGUGAGCGAAGGUGGAGAAAACAUGUCUCAAGGCCAACGUCAACUUCUUUGUUUGGCUCGGGCUCUGUUGCAAAAAUCUAAGAUUUUGAUACUGGAUGAAGCUACUGCUUCCAUCGACCAUGAGACGGAUGCAACUAUACAACAAGUGGUGCGUGAUUUUUCAAGUGGUGGAAUCGUAAUAACUGUAGCGCAUCGAAUGAGUACCAUUAUAGAUUACGACCAAGUGAUAGUUCUGGACUCCGGUAUUGUAAAGGAAAACAAUCAUCCCUACCUCUUGCUGAAACAGAACGGCGCAUUUCAUCAAAUGUGCAAGGAAAGCGGAGAGUAUGAACGCUUAGAGGACGCGGCAAAAAAGGCUUAUCAAAAGGGCCUCAGCCAAGCACGCUCUGCGCCGCGCAACUCAGAAUCCAAAUGCUAA